AUGGGCGAUACUGCCGAGCUCGAAUUGUUUCGCCGACGGUGGCGCGAGGAGCUCUUAAUUGAAUCGGACCCCAGGGCUUCUCCUGCUGCGGCUUUGGCCUCAACUGCCCCGUCUCGGACUAAGAAUAAAAUGUCUACUACGACAUGUUCGAUGUAUCAAUCUCUUCACGAUGAGGUAUCGAGCUUGCUAGCCGAGGUAGAUCUUCAUUAUCAGUUUUUCGAGGAAGACGAUGAGACGAAAUGCACUCGAAUGCCUGACACAAAUAUUAUGGGCCGUUUUGUAUGCAACAAACGAGCAUGCAAGUCCAGAGGAUGGUCUAGCAACAAGAUCGCUAUCACAAUUCGUCUUUAUCCAGAGCAAAAGUACAAUGCCAGGGUAUACCACCAACGCUGCAAAGCUUGCAGCUCGCUGAGCCGGCCGGUUUUGGAUCAGUCAUAUGCCGAGAGAAUCGUUUACUGGAUUAAACAAUAG